UGUCGGUGAGGAAUGAUGUCAGAGGAAUGCGCCGAGUGGUGUGCGUGACGGCCCCGUCUGCUCUGCUGGAAGGUCGUUCUCAGUAAUUGUGAUGGAGAGAGCCGCAGGAGUCCUGCUCGGGCGGCUCUGCUCCAGGGGGCUCCCUAGGGCCCAAGGCAGCAGCUCGCAAUGCCGUUUACAGGUGACCCACACAUCAGUCAGACAAUCCAGUUCUGGCAGUUACACCGACAACGAGGAGAGAGCGAUGCUGGAUCGGAUAAUAAGGGUAGAUCACGCCGGGGAAUAUGGAGCUAAUCGUAUCUAUGCUGGGCAAAUGGCUGUGCUGGGCAGAUCAAGCGUGGGACCCAUCAUUCAGCAUAUGUGGAAUCAAGAAAAGGAUCAUUUGAAAAAGUUCAACGAUCUGAUGGUCGCACACAGAGUUCGACCUACGGUGUUGCUGCCGUUUUGGAACGUGGCUGGAUUUGCAUUGGGCGCUGCUACUGCACUUCUGGGACAGAAAGGUGCCAUGGCGUGCACGGUCGCCGUGGAAGAAACGAUAUCUAAUCAUUAUAACAAUCAAAUCCGGACCCUCAUGGAGAGUGACCCUGAGAAACACAGAGAAUUACUUCAGACUAUAAAGACAUUUCGUGAUGAGGAGAUGGAACAUCAUGAUAUAGGAAUAGAACACGACGCCGAGAUGGCUCCAGCCUAUUCUCUCCUGAAGAAUGUUAUACAAGUAGGAUGCCGAGCAGCGGUAUAUUUGUCGGAACGCGUGUAACAAAUAGUUCCACGGAGAAAGUAUUAAACGGCAGUAAUCCGUCUAUUAUGAAUGGAAGCUCUUUAGAUGAAUCCAGCUGGUUGCCUUUAAAUGUCCAGAAGAAAAGCUUUGAUUAGAAUUGUGCACCGGUUCAGUUUUAAACAUGUGCACUAGAUGGCAGCGAAACCUGCUUCGAACGUCCAAACUCUUUUUAUCCCAGACUUUUGUUAUUCUAAUGACAGUCGUGUCUUGGCUUGUACUUCGUGCCUUGCUUUCAAAAUAUUAAAUAAGAAUCCUGUA